AUGAGCAAAGCUGCUGGCAAAGGACCUCCGCUCCCUCCAGCCUCAGGCUACGGCAAAGGCGGAAGCAAAACGGGAACGAACACGAAUAGUACAAAGAGCCACGCAGUUCAGCUCACAGUGCGUCGUAUGACGGGUGAAGAAAUGUCAGUGCAGACAGAGCUUGAUGCUUUGAUUCAAAGCGUCCGUGUCUCCGUUGGCAAGAAUCUGGGGGUCAGCCCUCACCGAAUCAAGCUUCUUGCCGAGGAUGCGCAGGUCUUGAACAACAGCAGCACCGUGAGGCAGUCCGGGUUGGAAGAGGGUGCCAUCUUGACCAGCGUUGUACUCCCGCCCGUCUAUGGCGCAUUAGGACAUGCAGGAAUCUCAGCACCAGAUGAGGUCAUUUCUGCCAAAAUGGAGCUUCAUGAUGCCUUGUCACAAGCUGGGAAGCUGACACCUAUUCAUACGCCUUCCUAA